AUGACGCUUAGACGGUUGAAUGGCAACAAAACUCGCCAGGAGGAUAACGAGGGCGAUAGUGAACUGAGCGAUCCGGACAGCAAUGUAGCAUUCAACGAACUGGAAGACGAAAUUGUUGUCAGUGGCCGGAGCAGCAGGGGAGCGCCAAAGUUGCCAAGCGGGCGCCAAACUUCGGAGGGUAACGAGGACGAGGCGAUGGAAGACGCUCCAGAGGAGUCUGCUGGUUCACAUUACCCUAAGCGAAAGCGAACUUCUAUCUUCAAUGAUCUGAGCGAGAGCAAGCUAGAGAGCGCCCACACUGCGGCCCCUGAAAGGUCGCCCACUUCGCCCACUAGUACGAUCAAAUUCAAACCCAAUCGUCAAAGCCUCGGUGGUCCAGGUGUUAAGGGUGUUCUUCUGGGGACUUGGAGGGAUUCUCACGUGCCAGAUGAGGACAAGAGGCACGCUGUUAUCGGCUUCAUUGAUGUCCGAGAUCGCCUACGCACUCGGAUUCAACCCAACACGAAAUAUGGGGAGUCAUUGGCUGAGGACUAUCCCCUGCCUCCAGGACCAGGUGGAAGCUGGGUCACCUUUGAGCGCGUCGUCUUUUCUGACCAUCUUGUCGGCUUGGACCACUGCCAAGUAAAGGAGUAUACGCGUCUUCGGUCCGAGGUUGCACCUGAGGAAACUGAGGAUGGCCGUAUAGCUGCUGAGCACGCUGCCGUUAAAGAGGCGAUCCGCCGCGUCAAGGAGAACCCAGCUUUAGAGAAUCCGGUACAGCCUCCUCCUAUCGCAUACGGUAUCGAUAUGCCAGACCAUCUCCAGGGCCCCGCCCGCCCUGACCUCAAGCGUAGGCGUGUCAGUGGUGGUUUUGCCGCCAUUAACCCAGCUCCUCCUGAGAUGGUCCCCGAGCCGACUGCAAUUCCAGCUUCGCAGCUGGCUAUUGCCGCUCACCAAAAUCGAUUUUCUGUUGAUCCUCUUCCAGGGACUCGACCGACGCGCAUCAUAAUAGGAUAUUGGAAGCCGUCGAGCGAAGUUGAUCCUAAGGAUCGCCACGCUGUAUAUGGUAUCUUGGGUCAGAAUGACAUGUUCCGUGUCAAGGUCGUGCGAGAGACUAGGGAUGGCCGAUUCGUGGAUGGCAACUUCCCAUCUGGAGCCGGUGCUUUAUGGAUUGCUUAUGAGGAGGUUGAAUUUGAGCCACAUUUGAAAGCUCUUAACAGGCAAGAGGUUAAGGAAUACUGCCGCGUUCGGCAAUAUCAGUUAGAUCAUGGCGAAUCCUCUGCCGAUCGCAUUGAGAAUGAGACCAAGGCUGUGUACGAGGCACAGACCCGAGCCGGCACAAUGCCAUAUAAGCAACCCCACAACGUCACAGUUCCCACGUUUACAGCCUCUCCACAGGGUGAUGGCGAUGAGCGCAUGAAUGGGCGGCAUGGUUAUGGUGGUCACGAGCUCCGUCAGUCGCGCCGGACUGAGCCGCGACCUAUCCGGGCAUCACUCAGCGAGAGUGAACUACGCGCAAGCCGACUUCAGAGCGUAGAGGCUGUGGAGAGAACUAACGCGUUGGCACGUCGUGAAAUUGCGAGAGCUGAAGCUGCUCAAGGCCGGGCAGAUCGUCACGCCAUACAGAGAGAGAGAGCCGCCGCCGCCGCCGCUGCAGAUGCAGCCAAUGCCGCCGCCGCUGCAGCUGCAGCUGCCUCCAACAUGCCUCUCGAGCACCAUCACAACACCAACGGCCGAAUGGUCUUCCACGAAUCUGACGAUAUGCAGCGGCUGAACAAGGUAUGGGCUCGACAGGAGAGCCUUCGCAUGAAAAGCAGUUCGGACGAAGCCAAGAUUUACGACGGCAUCAAGUAUGAGCGCAAAGCAACUGGGCCUUUUAUGGGAAAGCUUGUAUCGCAGGGCACGAUUAUCAAUAUCGAUGGUGAGGACUAUGUCGAGUACCGCGUCCUCACAAAGCCUUCGUUCUUCUAA